AUGUCCGGAGCAUCCGCAAAUGUCAUGCAACAGAUAAAAAUUUCAAAACUCUGUAUCAAUACCUGUGUUCGUCCCAGAGAGGCAAGGCUUGAUAAAGCUGUUAAGGUGUUGGAGCAGAUUAGUGGGCAGACUCCCUUUAAAUCGAAGUCCAGACUUACUAUUAGAGGAUGGGGAAUUAGACGUAACGAGGAAAUAGCAUGUUCCGUUACUGUUAGAGGACAGAAGGCCUAUGAGCUUCUUGAGAAUGCGUUGAGAGUGAAGGAGUUUGAACUUCCAGGUAGCUGCUUUAGUAACAAUGGUUGCUUUGGGUUUGGUGUGAGUGAACACAUUGAUCUUGGAAUAAAGUAUGAUCCGUCCUGUGGUAUAUUUGGUCUUAAUUAUUUUGUUAUCCUGGAAAAGCCAGGUAACAGGGUUUCUAAAAGAAGAAGAUGCCGAUCUCGAGUUGGAAAUAAGCAAAGAGUAAAUCAGGAAGAGGCUCAGAAAUGGUUUGUAGACAACUUUGAAGGUAUUGUUAUGGAAUAA